GGCCUCAGGUCACACAGUGAGCAAAGCAGAGCAGGGCCAUGAACGCAGCUCUCCUGGCCACAGCCAGCCAUGCAUGAUCCCCGCAGCUGCACCCUGAGACAGACCCUGGACAGCAUCGCCAAGGCCCUUUCAUCCAAGGCUGUCACCAUGGGAGUCCUUCCAUGGGCUGACUCACUGCCUGGGGACCCAGUCACCACAAAGCCACCUGUGCCAGGGCCCUACUGGUCCCUCAGGCUCCAGGAAUGGGAGCCAAAUUCUUUUCUCCUAGCCUGAGUCACCACCCACUUGAGCUGGUGUUUUCUCUCUCAGCUUCACAUCCCCCAAAGCUGGGGUGGGAACUCGGAGCAGCACAUAGUGAAUUGAGUUGACCUUGGGCCGAAUAGUCCGGAGUGGGGAGUUGGAUGGGAACUGGAGUGAUGAAAUCCGGAGCAGGGGCUGGAGUCAGCCACUGGGAGGGCCCCACCUUCCUCACUUGCGUAGACGGGUUCCUGAGGUUUGAGGCAGCCUCCACAUCCUUCCAGCCUCCCUGAGCACCCUUCUUUUCUCUCUGCCAGUUGCUUACUUGCUCGCUCACUCACCUCUCUCCUUGGCACCAUGACCACCUGCAGCCACCAGUUCACCUCCUCCGGCUCCGUGAAGGGCUCCCGUGGCAUUGGUGGUGGCUCCAGCCGCAUGUCCUCUGUCCUGGCCAGAGGCUCCUGCCAGGCCCCCAGUGCCUAUGGGGGCCUGUCUGUCACCACCUCCUGCUACUCUUCCAGGGGAACCUGUGCUGGGGGUGGCUCUGGCGGUGGCUUCAGCAGCAGCAGUGGUGGCUUUGCUGGGGCCCUGGGUGGCGGCUUUGGUGGAGUAUAUGGUGUUGGCUUGGGUUGUGGCUUUGGUGGUGGUGAUGGGCUCCUGGUGGGCAGUGAGAAGGUGACCAUGCAGAACCUCCAUGACCACCUGGCCUCCUGCCUGGACAAGGUGAGCGCCCUGGAGGAGGCCAAUGCUGACCUGGAGGUGAAGAUCCGAGACUGGUACCAGGAUCAGGGGCCCACCACCUGUGAAUACAGCCCCUAGUUCAAGACCAUCGAGGACUCGAGGGACAAGAUCGUCGUGGCCACUGUCAAGAAAGCACAGCCUGUUUUGUAGAUUGACAGUGCCCGACAGGCGGCCAAUGACUUCAGGGCCAAGUGAGCACAUGAGUUGGCCCUGGGCCAGUGCGUGGAGGCCGACAUCGACGGCCUGUGCAGGGUGCUGGACGAGCUGACCCUGGCCAGAGCCGACCUGGAGAUGCAGAUUGAGGGCCUGAAGGAGGAGCUGGCCUACCUGGGGAAGAGCCACGAGGAGGUAGGGUUGCUGCUGGCACCAGACCCGGGGGGUGUCAGCGUGGAGGUGGACACCGCCCCCGGCCUGGCCAAGCGCAUCCUGAAUGAGAUGUGCGACCAGUACAAGAAGAUGGCGGAGAAGAACCGCAGAGAGGCUGAGGCCUGCUUCCUGUCGGAGGGGCUGAACAAAGAAGUGGCCUCUAACAGUGAGUUGCAGCGGAGCAUGAAUGAGGUGAACAAGCUCCGGAGGGCUCUCCAGGGCCUGGAGAGCGGACUGCAGUCCCAACUCUGCAUGAUGUGAAGGACAAAAGCAUCCCUGGAGAACAGCCUGGAGGAGACCAAAAACCGCUACUGUCUGCAGCUGGCCCAGAUCCAGGAGCUGAAGGAGCAGCUGGCCCAGCUGCGCUGCGAGAUGGAGCAGCAGAACCAGGAAUACAAGAUCCUGCUGGACGUGAAGACCCUGCUGGAGCAGGAGGUGGCCACCUACUGUCGCCUGCUGGAGGGUGAGGACGCCCUGUGAGUGCUCCGUGCUCCCCUGCCCCACAGGCCCAUCAGCGACCCCCCUGCCGCUCCCAGCACAUCUCACUGCUCUGCCUUUUCUCCA